AUGAGAAAGGUUAAUGAUUCAUGGAAAGUUUUCACUUCAAUGGAAGAACAUAAUGAAGUUUCAUGGAAUGCUUUGAUAUCAGGGUUCACAGAAAAUGGUCUCUAUGCAAAAGCAUUUGAUUCUUUUCUUGAAAUGAUUGAAAAAGGAUUUACUCCUAAUAAAUUCACGUUUGUCAGCGUUCUAAAGGCAAUUGGGAAAUUGCAUGAUGUUAGUAAAGGAAAACAUGUCCAUAAAUGCAUUAUUGAAUCGGAUAUGGAGUCUGAUGUUUUUGUGGGAACUGGAUUAAUUGAUAUGUACUCCAAAUGUGGAGAUAUAUCGGAUGCUAGAUCUGUUUUUGACACAUAUUUCAUCGCUUGUUCUUUAAAUAUGCCAUGGAAUGCAAUGCUUUCAGGUUACAUACAGUGUAAUUGCAUCCAAGAAGCUCUAGAGCUUUAUCUGAGAAUGUGUGAAUCCAAUAUAAAAUCAGAUGUUUACACUUAUUGUAGUGUAUUUACCGCAAUUGCCACUAUGAAAAGUUUAAGGUUAGUGAGACAAGUUCAUGGGAUUGUGAAAAAGUCUGGAUACGAGUCAUAUGACAAUGACAAUGACACUGACACUGACAAUGACACUGUGUCCUUAAGUGUUAGAAAUGCAAUUGGAGAUGCAUACUCUAAAUGUGGUUCACUUGAAGAUGUAAAGAAAGUUUUUGAUAAAGUAAAGGAACGAGAUGUAGUAUCGUGGACAAUCUUGAUGAGUUGUUAUUCUCGGUGUCUUCAAUGGGAGGAAGCACUUGUGAUUUUCUCGGAGAUGAGAAAAGACGGUUUUACCCCUAAUCAGUUCACGUUUUCUAAUGCCCUUGUAGCGUGUGCUAGUCUUUGUUUUCUUGAAUAUGGUCGACAACUUCAUGGACUUAUAUGGAAAACCGGAUGGAAUACUGAUAAUUGUAUAGAAAGUGGUUUGAUUGAUAUGUAUGCAAAAUGUGGAAGCAUAAAUGAUGCGAAAAUUGUAUUCGAGAGUGUAAAUAAUCAUGAUGUUGUGACAUGGACAUCUAUUAUUUCAAGCUAUGCACAACAUGGUGAUGUUGUUAAUGCUCUUGAAAUGUUCAAAAAGAUGAAAGAUAAUGGUUUUGAACCGAAUUCUAUCACAAUGUUGUGUGUUUUGUUUGCUUGUAGCCAUGGAGGUAGGGUAGAAGAAGGACUUUAUUAUUUCAAAACCAUGAAGGAAAUUUACAAUUUGGUCCCUCAAAUGGAGCAUUAUAGUUGUGUUGUUGAUAUGUUAGGUCGUGUUGGACGUAUAAAUGAUGCGUAUGUGUUUAUAAAGAAAAUGGAUGUAGAACCGAAUGUAAUGGUUUGGGAGAAUUUACUAGGAGCAUGUAGGGUUUAUGGAAAUAUUGAAUUAGGAGAGAUAGCUGCAAAAAAGAUAAUUUCAAUUAAUCCACAUGAUUCGUCUCCUUAUGUUCUUCUUUCUAAUGCGUAUGUGCAAAGAGGGAGUUUUAUGGAAGGAAUUGGAGUGAGAAAUGUGAUGAAAGAAAGAGGAGUUAAGAAGGAAGCGGGGUGUAGUUGGAUAUGUGUUAGAGGUAGAGUUCAUAAGUUUUAUGCAAAAGAUGAAGAACAUGAAGAAAAAGAUGAAUUAUAUUUUGUGUUGGAUGUGUUGAAAGAGAAACUAAGGGAUAUGGGUUAUAUACCGGAUUUAAGAUACGUAUUGGAAAGUGAUUAUUGA